AUGCAAAGCCAGAAUGCCAGCAAGGGAAAACAAACUUGCGGUCCAAUCACUGUGUCUGGAAGAGGGGCUGCGAGCAGGCGUACCCGGCUCUCGCCGGUCGGACGCACGCGGCGCUAUGAAGUAGACGGCCGCGGUGAGGCGGCCACGUAUGUGAGUGGACCCCCCCGCCGGGUACUCGCAUCCGACCGCGAGAAACCCCGGGCGCCGGCAAGCUCACACUGGAGCUCGGGGAGUGAGAGAAGGCAGCCAAGCGGCUAG